AUGAGCAAUGAUUCGCCUGUUCUAACAAGUCUGACUGAGAACUCCACUGAUGUGCCUGUGUCUGCGGGCCAGGUGGAGAACUAUGUGCUGCUGUUGGUGCUGCUGAGCGUUUUUGCCGGGGGGACGCUGGUCCUGCUCUCCCUGCUGCUCCUCUUCUGUCACCGCUGCUGCAUGGGUGGACGCCGCUACUCCAGAGCCAGCGAUGACCUUGAGAAGACAAACACCACCUAUGCUGAGGAUUCUCAGCCCACCCAAGAGAUCACCAUUCAUCUGGAUGAAUCAGACGCUCUCUCAGCUUCAAGCUGUCACGAUGGAGAGUCAGAACGAUUUGUCUCCACUGGGUCCACUGGCCGCAGAGUCUCCUUCAACGAAUCUGCACUUUACGAACAGAAGACGACUCAGGACAAAGCACGCAGGUACACUCUGACUGAGGGAGACUUCCACCACCUGAAAAAGGCCCGGCUGACCCACCUUCACCUGCCUCCAGCCCCGUGUGACCUGAAGAUCCUCACCAUCAUGGAGUGUGACUCAACAGAGAGCAGCACCAUCAACAUCAACGAGACCGCAGCUCCCAAACUGCCCCUCACCAUCUACCAGCCCGCUGAGAGAAGAAUCCCGGACUGGAUGGGACAGAGCCUCAUCGGAGGUCUGCCAGGGGACCCACACCACUCCACCAUCCUGGACCAGGGCCCCAGACAGGCCUCAUCAGCCAUGAAGGCACCGCACACACGGUCCCAGACAAUGGAGGCUGUCGGGGACAGGGGAGAGGCUGAGAGCGAAAGGGGGAUGAGAGGAGAGUUGACUCAAGCUCCGGGCCAGACUUCAGUUCUACAUUUCUUCUCUAAACUGCGGCGCCAUGCCAGUCUGGAGGGGGCGGGUCCUUACUUCAGGAGGUGGAAGUUUGACAGCAGCCACCGGGCUGCCAGCUUGGAUGCCAAAGGAUCCCCUAAGAGAAGGCCCUUCCAGAGACAGAGAGCAGCAAGCGAAACCACUGAUCACACUGAAGACGACUCCUCUCCUCUCCAAGAUGAGGUCAUUGAGUCUUUCCCACAUACUCCCAUACAGACCAGUGGCCUCCAAUCCCUCUCUGCAGAGUCUCUGUCUCACCCUGACACCGCACCCUCGUCCUCAGUCUUCCUAAGCAGGCUAAAACUGGAGGCCAUGGUGGAGGUAGGUGGUAGCAGCAGUGCCAGAAGAGACGAUCUCUAUUCUCCAACAAAUGACUGUCACACCCAGAGGCAAGAGGUGGCCACAGCCAAUGGAACGGGAGUAGAAGAAGAAACAAAGUUCGGUGCAGUUAUGAGAACAGAAGCAACGGGACUCGAGCUACAAUCGGUCGAGGAUGAUGACUUGUUUGAGCCACAACAAGAAUCUGCCAUACGGGAAAUGUUUGGAGACGUGUUAAGGAAAACUGAAGACACAAAGACAGACAUCAGGGCAUCAGAUGUAAGGAAAAAGAUUGAGGCUGAGGUAGAUGACGGAGAUGAGGUGGUGUUGGGAGCUGAGGCCAGAGGAAGGGCUGAUUCAGGCUCAUCUCUUUCCUUCAUGAUUCGCCAGGAGAGCUCGGAUGCUCCGCCCUCCCUGUACAGAGACAUUUGGAGCUUGAGAGCUUCUCUGGAGCAAUACGCCUCCUCAGACCAGAGCAGCACAGAUCGGGAGUCCAUCCGCAGCGAUGCCGACAGCGUUUCAUCCCUCGGUGGUGCAGGAGCUCGCUCUGGCCUGGACAGCUGCUUGUCCCAAGACCUGGACGAUGAGCCUGAGGGAGAAGCGGAGGGAGAGGUGCUGGAGGGAGGAAUCAGAGGGGCGUCAGGAGGGGACAGUGAGAUGGGUAGUGGAGCUGGAGGAGAGGGUGAGGUAGGGAACCGUAAACUCCUCCAGAUGGACAGUGGCUAUGCCUCCAUUGAAGCACCAUCCAGGGCCCCUGAGGAAAUGCGGCUUUUUGGGACUCCUGGAGCUCCUCGAGGGAAGACAGCGUCUGAAAGACGGUUGUUCUUCACCAGCUCUGGGAGGAAAGGUUCGGUGUGCGAGAGCAUCGAGGCCAGGCUGUUUCAGGAGGAGCUUGAGGACGAGAUGACAGACAGCACCGAGACAGAGGAGAAGCUAAAGGAAAGAUCUCAAACUGGCAGCCAAUCUCUUACCCUUCAAGAACCAUAUCAACUUCUGAAAUCCUUUCAUCCUCAGAAACCCUCAGACCCUCACCAACCUCGUCUCCGCCGCCGCGACUACAGCAUCGACGAGAAGACGGACGCUCUUUUCAACGAGUUCCUCCGACAUGAUCCGCGGUUUGACCAGCAGGAUUCUCCCCUGCGCUCCAGGCACAGGUCCAGAGUUCACCUCCGGAAACAGUGGCAGAGACACAAGCAAUACAGCGAUCCAGGGUCAGGCGCUGGGGGUAGGUACUCCCCAUCUUUGGAGAGGCAGAGGUUCAUUCCACUCCGGAGGGGUGACAGCGCUGGUUACCCUCUGGACACCAGGUACCACAGUACACUGUCACGCAUCGCGAGUGCUGCAGAUGAGGAAGCUAGUGAGGUUGCGGCUUGUGAGGAAGCAGCCAAAGAGAGCACAGAGAGCAAAGAUCCAUCAAGUGAAGAAGCUGCAGGGGAUGCCACAGAAAGUACAGCCAACACAACCUCUGAAGGCACCGAUGCAACAAAGAGUUGCGCGGCGUCGACUGUUGAGGACGAUGGCUGCCAAAUCUCUACAAGAAAUGACAAAGAAAGCACAACUAGCCCGUCUCUGACCACUGUAACCACACAGACGAGCCACAUGGAUCCAAGAGUCGACAACAGAAACAACAACAGUAGUCAAGCUAUUUUAUCCGAGGUUUCCCUGCAGGCAGAGAGCAGCCUGACAGACAAGCUGGUGGUGUCAGUGGAGGAGAGGCUGUACAGCGGCCUGCGCAGUGCGGAGAAACUCGGCCAGGGAGGACCGGAGCGUGUGCUCACAGUGUCUCACACAGCCUCGCCUGGCUUCAGUCCCAUAUAA